UUGCUGUUGAUUCUUUAUUAUUUACUCUGAAUUUUUUUCCCAAUGAAUUAAUCAUGAAUAUUACCUCACUCUUACUAUAGUAGUAAUGGUUUAUGCAAGGAAUCUUGUGACAUGUACAUUGUGUCUUCAUUCUGAAUGUCGUUCUCAAUUUACUUUUCUUCUUUUUGAAAACUUGCCAACUUUGCUCGUAUAUAUUUUUUUUUGUAUUAGCUUGACAUGAAUCCCUCAAAAAUCCAGAAGUAUGAAAUGAGAUCAGCUUCAAAGAUUGCUAAGCAUGAAUUCAUUCAACCUGGUUCCUUUGCAGCAAAGGGACGGGGAGGGAAAAGCUUAAGAGUAAUGGGAUCUUUAAGAGUUAAUGUCGAACAGAGGACUCUAAUUGCCAAAAAUAAGAGUUGUAAUACAACAACUUCUAAGUUGAAUAUGCUAGCUGAGAAAAAUUUCAAUGUGCACCAUUAUUUCGAAGCAAUGGAAGACAAUUUCCCCCUCUAUCAAGAAGCUGAAAUGACUCAAGAAGCUCACAGAAGUGACAGAAGCGGUCGAGGACAAAGCGUAAGAGUUACUGCUGAAAAGAGGACUCCAAUUGGAAAAAAUAGAAGUUGUACUCCAGCAACUUCUAAUCUAAAUAAGCCAACAAAGAGAAGUAUCCUUGUGCCUCCUGAUUUUGAUCCAAUGGAAGACUCCCUUUAUCAAGAUGCUGAAGUGACUCUAGAUGUUCAGAGAAGUGAUACUAGUCCAUUUGAAUCUCAUAAGGCAAAAAAAGUGGCUGCAGUUACUCGAGAUGUUCAGAGAAGUCCAUUUGAAUCUCAAAAGGCAAAAAAAGUGGCUGAAGUGACUCGAGAUGUUCAGAGAAGUGAAACUGGUCCAUUUGAAUCUCAAAAGGCAAAAAAGGUGGUUGAAGUUACUCGAGAUGGUUAGAGAAGCGAAACUAG